AUGAAACAGUGGAAGUCCCUGGUGGCGCUCCAUUCCUCAGCGCAUUCCUCCUGCUUCCCGCAUCCGCCCUCGACGCCAUCGCCGUGCCCCUCGCCGCCGCGGGAGCUGGCCGAGGAGAAGCAGCAGCAGCAGCAGCAGGCGGUGAGGCUGGUGGGGUGCGACGGGCAGGUUCUGACGUUCCGCCGGCCGGUGACGGCGCGGGAACUGAUGCAGCAGCACCCGCAGCACCUUGUGUGCCGCUCCGAUGCGCUGCUCAUCGGAGAGAAGAUCCCGGCCGUCGCCCCCGCGGACGAGCUGCAGCCAGGGCAGGCCUACUUCCUGCUCCCGGACCACCUCUUCCACUCCGUGCUCUCCUUCGUCUCCCUCGCCUCCUCCCUCCUCCUGCUCCUCUCCACCGCGCCCGCCUCCUUGGCGCCGGGGGCCAAGAACAAGAAGCAGCCCCGCCCAUUCGAGCUCCACCGCACCGACUCCGGCACGCUGCAGAUCAAGUUCUCCGACGACUUCCUCGUCGGCGACGACGCCACCCAGGCUGCCGAGAAGCCGGCGGUGCUGCGCGGGGACGAGAGGCUGGAGAAGGAGUACGAGGAGUUGGUCGGAUACGGCAAGGCCCUACGGUGGGCGCCCAAGCUAGAGACCAUCCAAGAAGUGCUUGUCACCGCCGCGCCCUCCGCCCAAGGGCGUGAUAGGAGGAAGGGGAUGAAGGUCAUGCCUUUCCUCGCCAAGCUCGGAAGCCGCAGGCGGCGGGAGACGACGACGACGACCACCACCAUCAUUUGCGGCAAUGACAAUGCGGUGGCGUGCUCGGGCUAGCACGUGAUUCACAGCUGGUGGUCAACAGUCUCCGCUCCGCUGUGUAAUUAAGAUCUGGGAUUGAUUAAUUAAGGCGUGGGUGUAGCCCACGACGUGCCGGUGCAGCCUCUGCGUCCUCAUUUGUAAUUACUCAACAA